AUGAAGGCCAGUCAUGGCAUGGAGGCGGGGGAGGCGGCGAUCGACACCAUGUUAGGCACAGAGACCCAGACGAUUACACCGUCGAUACCAAGCGACGAAAAUACAACAAUGGCGUACGUAGUACUCUUGGAAAUGGAUGCAAACCUUUGCAAGGACCCAGGUGUGCUUAUGAGUGAGGUGGUACAGGGUUACCAACAGGGCUACGACUACGACGCUCAAGCAUACGAUGACGGGUAUGGUGGUUAUGGCCAGGGCCGACAUGGCUCAGACUACGGGAACCAUCAUCACCACCACAACCACCAGCAACAUCAUCGUCAACAACACCACCGUGACCAGGACUAUGGCUACGACGAAAGGCCUCGCGGAGGCGGCGGUGGAGGGGGAGGUCACCCCAAGAAACGCCUGCUGCCUUCGGAGCCUAGCCCGCAUGUCAUUUUCCUUGGUUUGGACCCAGACUUCACAGAGGCCGAUGUCUGUGUCUCGAAAGGAUUUGGCUUCGCGCAAUUUGCAAGCACGGAACAUGCGAAGGCAUUUGUGGACCCGCAGUUCCCGUUCAUUCAGAUGCCACCGCCGGCUUCCCAUGGAGCAAGUGCAACCCAGGAGUUUUACAAAGCUUUGGAGACCGGGGCGCCACAUACAGGAAGGAGGGUGAAGAUUGAUUAUUCGCAGAGUGCAUCACCUGGGGAGAAGGCAAGGCAGAGGGCGAAUAUGAACGAUGGCACGAGGGAUAUCGGGAACAGUCCUGGUCCUGUGUUAUUGUUCAGAGGACUCGAUCCACUUUCGGGCCCUCAAGCCAUUCACCAGGCCAUGCUCUACUCUGCAGGCCCUGGGAAGCAGGGCGCGAAAGGCAUGCGAAGAAUUAUCCUCGUCAAGGACAAAGUCACAAUGGCUAGCUUUGGUUUCGCUUUUGUGGAGUUUGUCGACGUUGAGUCUGCUUCGACUGUUCUAGCCAAUUCGAUGUCGGCCCAGCUGCAUCCCAACGGUUUUAGGAUAUCGGAUAAGCCAGUUGCUGCCUCAUUCGCCCAUUCGUAUUCGUUCCAACCUGUGACGGACUUCUUGCAGCGGGAUGAAGCAUGUUUGCAGAGCACAAUGAGCCUUGGCGGAGUUGAGGGCCAGUGGGUUCGAUAUUGGGAUGAAACGUCAACCGUUGCCGUGUUGGAGUUCAAGGUGGAAGAGCCUGCUAAAGCUUCGGCCCCGAGCAAGGAGAAAAAGGAAAAGAGGAAGAAAGACGAUUCGAAGGCGAACGCUAUACCAACGGCUUCGAUUCUCCCUCUGACGGAUAAGCCCGUGACUCUCAGUCUGAACAAGGGUCCGGUCAAGAUCGGUCUCGGUGCCAAUCCAGCUAAAUCGUUGACGUCUGGUGUUUCACUGGAUGAUUCCACCAUCGAAGAUGAAACGCCGACAGAGCCUAACAAACCUAUGCCGGUUAAGCGCGUUGCUCCUUUGAUUUCGAGCAAGAAGACUGUCAACAACAUCAAUAAGUGGAAUCAAGUCCAAGAAGAACUACACACUGAUCCUGACGCGACACCGGCCCAAGCCCAAGCGAAAGCCAAGUCGGUCGAGAAGGAUCCUGUUGCUAUCGUUUCUGGUGCAAAUUCCACGCGAGCUAAAUCCAUUGAAUCAUCGCCGGUCCCAGCAGAAGACGAGCUGGAAUUUGCGGAUGUCAAGGCUUUGACAUGUCUACUAUGCUCCAGGCAGUUGAAGUCGCUCGACCUUUUGAAGAAACAUAGUCUGGCCUCCGAUUUACAUAAGAAAAACCUGAAAGAUGAAAACUUGAAAGAAGUCGCUCGACAGAAGGUCGCGAGUCGGAGGGCAGCCUCUGCUCCGGCCAAGGAGGAGCCACCCAAGUACCGUGACCGAGCUUCGGAGCGGAGGACACUGUUCAACCAACCUGAAGCUCCUCUUCCUGAGCAUAUCGCCAGCAACGGGAGUGUCGUGGGCAAGAAGCGGUAUGCCGAAGGUCCUCCUAGACCUCCCACCCCACCUCCCCCACCUCUUAAUCCGGGCCAAGAUGAGAGUAAUGUGGGCAACAAGUUGUUGAAGAUGAUGGGCUGGAAGGAAGGGACUGGAUUGGGCGCGGAGGGAGAAGGAAGGACUGAUCCAAUUGAGACGGCGAUAUAUGCACAGGGCGUGGGCCUUGGUGCUAGCAAGGGGAAGGACAUCAGUAGCCUUUCAGGUGGAUACUCUGGAUAUGUGCAGAUGGCGCAGGAAGCGGCUCGUGAACGAUAUGGAAGCUGA